AUGGUGAAAGGAAGCGAAAUGGAUGGCGUAGAAGUACCUGAAGCAGUGAUAGACACUCUCAACCGCACUUUGGGAAGCCUUCAACAGCUCGAGACUGACUUACCCCAAUUCCUCUCUCUCUCCCACCCUGACCUUCUCGCUGAAUUGCCAUUUCUCGAACGCGCUCAUUCGCUCUUCUCCCUCGCCAAACUGACUUCCACCCUCUUCUCAUUGAAGUUAAGGUGCAGAGGGGUUAACCCAAAUGACCAUCCUGUGAAAUCCGAGCUUGACAAGAUAAACGUGUUGCAGAAGAAACUGGAACGCCUUCCGCGGUUGAGUGAAGAACAGGAGCAAGACAUGAGCAACAUAAAUGGAGGGGGGGGACCAGAGAUAAACUACGAGGAACGGGCUGGUCAAAAGAGGAAGUAUCCAUCUUCUGAAGAGCCGGCUGUUCAAAUUGAUGAUAGUCAGUCCCUGGUGGAAGUAAAGGUAGAACAUCUUGGCAAUAACAGUGGAAAUGUUAAGGGAGCAAUAGUAAUUGACAUUUCAGAUGAUGAUGAUGAGGUACCUGCACCUUAG